AUGUCCUUCAAACGCGCGCGCGCGCAGAACCGCCCGACGCCGGACUCGACUAAACCCGCGGUCGGGCGCGUCAUCCAUCGCAUCAAGGGCGCGGUCGACUCGCUCGCGCGAGAGCGGUCGUCGCGCGCCGUCCUCGAGCUCGACACCGCGCACACGUUCGCGCACCUGAGCGCGCAGAUCGCGGGGUUGCAGACGGCGUUCACGACGCUCGCGGACGGCGUCAUCGACGAGCUCGACGCGCAGCGCGAAGAGCACGCGCGGUGGCGAAGAGAGAGCGACCGAUGGGUUGGAAAGAUGGCGCACCUGGAGAGCGAAAUUUGGAAACGGUGCGACGUCGUCGACGACGCGUUGGACGAGAAGAACGCCGUCUCGCGCGCGACGUUCGAUAAGCUCCGCGACGAGAUGGGCCACGCCGAGCGCGCGGUGACGGAGGCGAGGAUGGCGCUCAUCGACGCGGAGCGAAGGGAGGCGGAGACGGCGCACGCGAUGGCGUCGUUGCGCGCGAAAGCCGAGGGCGCGGAUUUGCGGUUGCAGGAUCAGAUCGACGCGCUCGACGCGCGGCUGGCGGCGACGACCGCGGCGGCGAAGGAGGAGAAGGAGAAGGAGAAGGAAAAGGAAAAGAACGCUUCGACGUCGACCGUUACAGAGCGCGACGUCGUCGAGCUCAGGGACUGGACGAGUAAGGUAACGUCCGCGCACGACGAGCGCCUUCGACGGGUGGAACGCGAGGCGAGGGACGCGAGGGAAGCGCUCGCGGAGACGCGGGGGAUGUUCAUGUGCGUUUCCGCGCUGGUUCCCGUACGACCGCGUUCGCGUGGUGAACGCCGUUUCUUAAGGACUUUUCCCGGCGCAUCUCUCCGCCCACACCACAGUUUCAAUCCCGACACACCUCGACGAAGGCCUUUCAACUCCGCUUCUGACGCCUUUCAACUCCACCCCGACGUCGCUUCGCGUGGAACGGCGCUCAGGUCGGCGGCGGCGUCCAUGUCCGCGCGAAGCGGCCAACGACGCGGGGGAGGGAGCCGCGGCGUAUCCGGCGGCGGUGCGGGGGGAGGGAGCGUCGCUCCCCCCUCGCGCGGAGACGGCGGGGGAGGGGACCGGCGUGGGAUGGACGUCAGCGCGUGGUCCACGGGAUCGACGUGA